AUGGCAGAUCUAUCAGAAUCGCGGGUGUUGCAAUGUCGUCCGUUUUCUUACGUCGGUGUUGACUACGCCGGGCCUAUACCCAUGCGUGACAAUAAAUUACGAAAAUCUAGGACGUACAAGGCGUAUAUAGCCGUAUUCGUAUGUAUGAGCGUCAAGGCCGUCCAUUUGGAAUUAGUAUCAGAUUUGUCCACUCCGGCCUUCCUCGCCGCCUUCGACCGGUUCGUCGCUCGGCGCGGCCUGCCUACGACGGUCUAUUCUGACUGUGGAACAAAUUUUGUUGGUGCCGACAGGCAAUUGCGUCAGCUGAUUAAUAACCCAGCCGCACAAUCGAUUAUUACAUUGGGGAAGUCCUACUGCGACUGGAAGUUUAAUCCCCCCAGUGCACCACAUUUUGGUGGGUUGUGGGAGGCCGCAGUACGCUCGUGUAAACGACUGCUCGUCCGAAUCAUGGGUGCUCACGAGUUCACGUACGAAGAAUUUACAACCGUAUUGUGUCGAGUUGAAGCCGUGCUGAACUCACGCCCCCUCACUCCAGCAUCAACCGACCCGUAUUUGUAA